GCCCUCGCUGCACACAUUUGCUGCAGUACUCUUAGUUGGCAGGCACAGAAAAGCAGCACAAAGAGGCCAGACCAUAGUAACUACACGAUCAGCCUGUCUCUCACAGCUUUUACUUUGCCUUGAUUUUUCCUUUUGUCAUUGAUUUUGCACUUUAUGCAGUGAGUGUAAUAGCAAAUUCAUGUUGGGGUACACCUGGCGGUGUGUCCAAAGAGGGGAAGAUUGCUUCGCGGGCAUUGUUUUGCCAGGUUUGAGAUGGAAACAGCAAAAGAACCACAGAAGAAAGUCUUUAAAGCUCGCAAAACAAUGAAAGCAAGUGACCGCCAACAGUUAGAAGCUGUACACAAAGCUAAAGAAGACCUGCUUAAACCUACAGAGAUAAAGCUGGUUAAUGGAAUCCAUGAAAAUGGUGAUUUAGAUAUGAAUUAUACAAACAAUGAUGAAGAACCCAUGGAGGACACAAUGAAUCUAAAUGGCAUUCUAGAUCUGAACAUUGAUCCUCACAAGGUUCCAGUUGUGAAACUGUGUGACCUAGAAGAAGGUUAUGAUCCUCACAAGGUUCCAGUUGUGAAACUGUGUGACCUAGAAGAAGGUUAUGAUCCUCACAAGGUUCCAGUUGUGAAACUGUGUGACCUAGAAGAAGGUUUUAAACAUGUUGACCAAAACAGUGACUUAAGGAUGACGCUUGAUCUUGAACUUAAUGAAAGUACUGUAUGUCAAGACGAUAGUAGUAAAAUUGAGCCUACUGAGGCUGCUGUUCAAGCCUGCUCACCUAAACAAGAUGAUGAAGUGGUUCCUCAUGGAAGCGUAGAACAAAGUGAUUCAAGUGGACUGUUUCUGGAGGAUCUCGCUUGUGAGCCUGAAUUUUCACAGAAACAAACCCAGUCAAACAUUCCCAAUGAGGUGGAAAGUUGCAGCAUUUUAGAGGAGGAAAGUAAGUUGGAAGAUGAAAAUCCUGUAGAGGAUUCCAUUGUCCAAAAAUUGAACGAAGAUAUGGAUGUUAUUUCAGAGGAUCCUACUGCUAAUGCAGAUAGUGAAAUGGAAGACAGUAAUAUUAUAAAAGAGCCUGUUGAUCCAGAGCCUGUAGAUUCUGUUGCUGUUGGAGAAAAAGAUGAUAUAUCUGAGGAGCAGGAAAUUGAAGCCAGCAAUGAGGACCUACACAGUGAAAUACAGAAUGUAGAGGAAACUGAAAACCAUACUGAAGAGCAGGAGAGAACCGAGCCUGUAAAUGAGUCGCAUGAUGCUAAUGUUUUACCAGAUAUCAGUGUGUCUGAAAAUGGAUCCCCUUCACAGGCUAAUAAGGAAAUUUCAGAGACCGAGGGAGAGCAACAAGAUAUUGGGGAUGAGGCUAUAUCAAGCAGCAUGGAGGUUGACCAUAACUUGAAAAAUCUAGAGCAAAAUAUUUCUUUACCUGCAGAAGCUCCAAUUGAUAAAUCUCUGUCAGAAAUAGAGACUGGCUCUGUUUUAGAAAAAACUGAUGAAAUGGAAACUGAUGAGAUUAUUCCCAUUCUUGAAAAGCUCGCACCAGUGGAAGAUGAACUUCAGUGUGUUUCCGAUAAAAAAGAAGAUUUUGCAACUGUUCCUAAUAAAGAAGAAGAAAAAAGUGAAAACAUUGCAGUUUCUCCAACUAAGAACGAUACAAAUGAGACUUUGCCAAGUGAAGCGUUUUUAGUGCUUUCAGAUGAAGAAGAACCCUGUGGUGAGAGCACACCACUGAAAGGAAACGCGUUAACUGAUCAAGAUGAUGUGAAAGAAGUUAUUGAAGAGGCAGAGGAAAGACCUAACAAUGAACAGAAAGAGCCAGAGAAUAAAGAACAACCACAAGCGGAGAAAAGUGAAUUUUGCCGCCGGAAACGUUCCAAGUCUGAAGAUUUGGACAGCCAGAGCUCAAAGAGGAGGCGCUUUGAGGGUGAAGAGUACGAGGCAGAACUAAAGGUUAAAAUCACAGCUGGUGAUAAUCUGAAUGGGCAACUGCAGAAGGUGAUCCAGAGAAUGUUUGAAGAAAAGCUUAGUGCAUUGCAGUGUUUGGACUUUGACAAAGCAUUAGCUGACCUGAAAUCAAGAGUGGAGAAAAUUGAAUGUAAGAAACAUGAGACUGCUCUGCAAACCAUGCAGGCUAAAAUUACUCGUUUAGCAAAGCGCUUUGGGGCAGCGAAGGAGGACCUAAAGAAGAGACCUGAGCAGACCACAGCCAUCCAGCCUGCAUUACCUGUGAAAUCUGCAGUAAAUGAUUUUGAUCAAAACACUAAUACGGUGAAUGUCGGAAAUGCUGGCACAGUGAGGCAAAUAUUGGAAACAAAGCGAAGUGUGGGAGAUACUGGCAUAGUAAAUGUCCCAUCUUCACCUACAGCUGUGUCUUCUGCACCAAGCACAUCUAAUUUAACCCUUCGCACAUCAAGCACCACACAGAUGCCCAUGAGCCAGUCUCCUGCCAGUAAUGCACUACAAAUGCGGCCACCACCUGACUGGAAAUUAAUUCAGCAGAAAAUUAACGCUUCCACUAUUGGAGCAUCUCAAAGUACUCUGAGCAGUCAAUCCAAACCUAUACCACCAGUUACUACGGCCCCAGUUUUGACUCCAGUCCUUUCUGCUUCUACUACUGCAACUGUUGUUGGCAACAGCCAGGUGUCUACUAGCAACACCCAGCCAGUGUCCGUGUCUCUUCAGUCUUUGCCCGUCAUUCUUCAUGUUCCAGUUGCAGUGCCUUCUCAGACACAGCUCUUACAAGGCACGACAGGAACAUUGGUGACCAAUCAUCAAUCUGGCAAUGUGGAGUUUAUCCAAGUACAAAAUCAGUCCACAGUCAGUAAUCUUACAAAAACCCCUGUGUCUCUACCUGUUACUAAAGCAAUGAACAGCCCUUCAAUGUCCAGCUCGGGCAUCCAGCGCAAUUCUUCAGCUAAUUCAAUGAAUUCUCCAAUGACUGUGCAGGCUAUGCCAACACAUUCACUUAAUUUAUCCUCGAGGCAAUCCCUGCCAAAUGUUGGAACUUCGGGUGCAUACAAUCAAGCAAGUAAUCGAAAUACGACGCCGUUAAAAUCUCCAGUGUCUGCAUUUAGCCCCACCACCACCACCACAAGUGACUCGCCCUCUGGAAGUAGAUCAGAAUUACAGAUUAAUCGGACACCAACAGCAGAGACUACUUCAAACAAGCGUUGCUUAACAGAUGGUACUGCACAGGGCGGCAAAGGUGCAGCUGGUGUUAUUGACCUUACACUGGAUGAUGAAGAUGCUCAAAUGUCCACUCAUGUAGAUUCAAGAAGGAGCAAUGCUUCAUCUAUACCUGCAAGUACACAGUCAUCGCAGCCGAUGGGUCGCCAGCUCCAGCAGGCAAACACUGUGCAGACCUCAUCUGCUUCUGCUGGGCUGCCAUCUCAAGCUGCUAUACAUGUUUUACCAACAGCCCAGACAACGGUUAAUAUAACACAACGGCCAGGAACUCAGACUACACCAAGAGCUGCAGCUCCUCGAGCAUCAAGCAACCCACAUAUGGUUUACACUACAACUGCCCUCCCCACAGUACCUUCACAGACUCCUAUACGCAGCACAGUCAUGCAGAGCCAAAACCUGCGGCAGAUCAGUCCGCAAACUGGAGGAGUGUCUGUAAGAAUGCCACAAACUGCUGCAUAUGUAGUAAAUAAUGGGAUGCCUAUCAGUUCUACUGGACCACAACUCACAGUUCAUCAUCGACCUCCACAAGAACCUGCAAGGCCAAUCCACCCAGCCCCACUUCCUGAAGCUCCUCAGCCCCAGCGACUUCCACCUGAAGCUGCUUCAACAUCUCUUCCUCAGAAACCUCAUCUUAAAUUAGCCAGAGUACAAAGCCAAAAUGGAAUUGUCCUAUCCUGGAGUGUAUUAGAGGUAGACCGUACCUGUGCCAUUGUAGAUAGCUACCACCUGUAUGCUUAUCAUGAAGACCCAACUGCAACAUCUCCAUCACAGUGGAAAAAGAUUGGUGAAGUGAAAGCGCUACCUCUUCCAAUGGCAUGUACUCUUACACAGUUUGUUUCAGGCAGCAAAUACUAUUUUGCUGUUCGGGCAAAGGACAUUUAUGGCCGCUUUGGACUUUUUUGUGAUCCACAGUCAACAGAUGUUAUCUCUACUCAAAGCAGUUAGGAAGUAGUGGAAUUCUUCCUCUGAAGUUUUCUAUUAGAAAAGAUAUCCUGCAUGAAAUCUAUUUUAGAUGAAUUACUGGGUUUUCAUAAUGAAAACCAUGUACAGCACUUGUCUAUUGUCACAAAUUAGCUUGCAUUUCUGCCAAGAACUUUUGAAAUGUCUUUUUGUUAAGACCAAUCUUCUGCAGAAUAUGAAUUGCUUUGAAAUGGUUUCUUUGACUUCACUAAUCCUGAGUGCUUGCGUAUCAGUAGGCCAAAACCAAGCCACUUGACUGAAAUGGAGAUGACUAGCAGCUAUUGUGAAAGCUGUGUGCCAGGAACUACUGACAGGAAUUGGAAUGUCUUGCUUUGAUACUUGGGAAUGUGUAGCUCCUAAAAUAACGAGUAUUACAGAGGAAAUCCAGUGUUUUGUGGUUUAUUCAUAUACAAAGGCAAAACUUAUAUUUUAUCCCCACUGGCUGGGGACACCGAUCAGUUGUUUGUGACAGAUAAUAUGGAUUAGCAAGCUAAUGUCUUGUAUUUAUUUUCUUUUUUAUACCUUUUAUGUGAACUUUUUCUUUUGUGCCUUAACUUGAAAAAAGGACUGUUUUCAGUAUUUGGUCUCUAUCCCAUCCAUCCCUUUAUUGGUCUAUUACAUUCUCCCAUAUCCCAAUGCCAAAGAGCAGUUGUUUUAAAACUCAAAAUGUUUUUUUAUAUAUAUAUAUUUUUCCUUUUGAGUAGCUUUCUGCUGCUGUGCCCACCUAUUUUCUAUUCUAAAUAUAAAAAAAAAAAAAGUUCAGGAAUUGUGCAGGCUGUCCUGUCUUGCACACUCGCUCUUUCUACAGUUUACAUUGUUACUGUGUUUGAAUAUGUUUUUAACAUUUAAAUGGAACAUUCAGUUGUAUUGGUUGUUGCACAUUUAACAAUUCUACAACUUGAUUGUGCCUCCUUAAAUGAAACAGAAAUUUUAUUAUAUCAGGAUAAAUUGCAUGAAUUGCUUAAUAUGUACAGUGUACCCUCGCUGUUUUUGGGAGGACAGGUAUUUUUGUAUUAGAUUUUUUUUUUUCCAGCUGCAAAAUCUUUACAUGGAAUUUCAGUAUAGGAAUUUGUUUUUGUUCUGAAAAUUCGGAAAUCUUUUUGUGUAACGCAAACCAUUGCAUAUUUCUAAAUUGUGCAUUUAUUAAUGGAAGUAAAAUGGUUAUUGCAGCUGCAGUAUACUCUGUCACCAGGACUGAGCUUGUUUACUGCUUUACAUUAGGAUUUGUGCAGCAGGUAAAUUCUUCCAUUAAAUUCUAAACCUUACACUCCACCUCUUGAUGUAAUAAUCCAUAAUUCUAAGCAAGUAAGCACUGGUCACCAGGUUGUAAUACUCUGCUUGCAAGAGAGAUUGUUACAUUGUAUGUAAAUAAAUAUUUUUACAAAUGUCCA